AGCAUAUCUUCGUUGUAAGUUGUUCUUAGAGUUCCCGCCAAGUUUGACAAAUUUAUGUCAAUCUUGGCGGUAUUUAUUUUGUAUUAAUGCACUUUCCGUGGCGUGCUCCAUUAAGCAAAUAUUCUUUCCGAGACAGUUUUUAAGUUAAUCGAACACCAUGCCCCAGUACGCCAAGGAAAACGUUGAUGUAACUUCACUAAACAACGCAGUGGAAAAAUGCGUUCUCUCUCCAAACAAGUCGAAUGUGAUCACCGACAAGACUGAAAAGCCACUCAAAUCCAAACCAAAGAUCCAAGAGGAAGUUACGGACGCCAACUUCGACCCAGAAUUGGAGCCUCUUCUGAAGGAAAAUCCACGCCGCUUUGUCAUCUUUCCCAUCCAGUUCCCCGAGAUAUGGGCGAAGUACAAAGAAGCAGAAGCCUCCUUCUGGACCACAGAGGAGGUUGACCUAUCCAGAGAUCUGGAACACUGGAAAGAACUGACCAAAGGUGAACGCCAUUUUAUCUCGCAUGUUCUUGCCUUCUUUGCGGCCUCGGAUGGCAUCGUUAAUGAAAAUUUAGUAGAACGUUUCAGCCAAGAAGUGCAGGUCACAGAAGCAAGAUGCUUUUACGGAUUCCAAAUUGCCAUUGAAAAUGUUCAUUCAGAGAUGUACAGUGUAUUGAUUGAAACGUACAUAAAAGAUCCCCAGGAGAAGGAGUUUCUAUUCAAUGCUAUCGAGACCCUGCCUUGUGUUCGCAAGAAGGCAGAUUGGGCGCUGAAUUGGAUAAGCUCCAAAAAAUCAACCUUCGGUGAAAGGCUCAUCGCAUUCGCUGCAGUUGAAGGCAUCUUCUUCUCUGGUAGCUUUGCAGCUAUCUUCUGGCUGAAGAAGAGAGGUCUGAUGCCAGGUCUGACAUUUUCAAAUGAACUCAUCUCCCGUGAUGAAGGCUUACACUGUGACUUUGCUUGUCUGUUGUUUUCGUACUUGGUCCAAAAACCGUCGCAAGAGAGAAUAACAAAUAUAAUUAGAGAUGCUGUCGCCAUUGAGCAAGAAUUUCUCUCUGACGCACUUCCUGUCAGUCUUAUUGGGAUGAACUGUGAUCUGAUGUGUCAGUAUAUUGAAUUUGUUGCUGAUAGGCUGCUAACUGAACUUGGUUGCAAAAAAGUAUAUAAUGUUAAAAAUCCGUUUGACUUCAUGUCUAUCAUUUCAACUGAAGGAAAAACUAACUUUUUUGAAAAGAAGGUCGGAGAAUACCAGAAGGAAGGUGUUGUUUCCAGUGAGGAUAACCAGUUUACCACUGAUGCUGAUUUUUAGCGUACAGUUUUAAGAUUAUUUUUGUAGAACUACAUAUAUUAGUUGUAUAUUUUUAUUUCUAUGUUAAGUUCUUGAAUUGAGUGAGUGUGUGUAUAUAUUUGUGGAAGAAUUUGAAGACUAUAUUUAUAUACUGUAUUACUAAAGCAAUAAGUUUACUUGAUAAUAUAAAUUUGUAAAAAAAGGUAUGUCUAAUUUCCACCCUGAUCCCAUACUCUGUAUUGAACUUGAAAAAUAAGCAGUCAAAUUGCAUUUUUAUCAGGAAAUCU